UUGUAUCUGUUUACUUCGAGUGCUUCCGAGACAAGAAGCUGACGAUCUAUCUGUACGGAGGUCCUAAGAUAAUUUUUUUCUCACAUCACAAUUACAAUGAAAUAACAAUGCAAGAAAUUGACACACAAAUACAAAUAGUUCGUGAGAGACUCCAUCAGCUGAAGCUGGAUUCGGAAGGACUGCAAGAUGAGAUACGGCGCAUUCUAAGCCAUGAUGACGCACCAGAUUCAGAAGUAACACCUCGGUCAGUGGAUGAAUCGCAUGUACCUGCAUGCAGUCAUGAUGGAGCUAAGCGUGGAGUUGAUUGCAGCGACUCCCACCUUGUAGAUCGUAGCAGCGGAGCCGAAAAUCACGUCGCCAGCAGAAAAGAAAGUGAAGAAGAAGCAUUCACAAUGAAUGUGGUAGGUUCCAGUUUUUCAGUCGGCUUGAUUGAUGGCGAAGAUGACAGAUCCCAUCAUGGCAGCUGUUACGACACAGGAGGUAGCAGUGAAGAGAACGACACCCAAAAGGGAAAUGAAAGUUACAACAGCAGUGUAGUCUGUGGUUUCCACAGCAUUUUGGAAGGCAUCAGCGAUCAAAGUAAAAAAUUAGGGAACGACAGAGGCAACUGUGAAGCCGACAUAAAUUUUGGAUCAACCGAACCCCACGAACAAGACGAUGUUACAUGUUAUAGAUCUUACGUAAAAUUUGAUGAUUUAGAUAGUAGCAGUGAUGAUUCCGAAGACUAUGGUGACAGCCAUGACGUUGACGUCAAUAGCGGCAAUUUCAGCAACAAUGAAGUCCUAGUGGACCAAAAGAAAGCAGUCUGUUUUAAUGGAUCCGAAAAUAAAUCCAUUGUCGGACAAAAAGUUGACCUCGGGGGCGAUGAGCACUUUACAAGAAAUCGCAAAGGAAUUAGGAACCAACAAUUUAGAGAAAAUACAGAACACUCGAAUCAUUAUCAUGUAGAAAGUCCGGCAGUAUUCGAUGCAGAAGUUUCUGAUAAUAAUCAGGUAGAAGACGAAGAGGUUCUACUCCAGCGUAAGAAGAACGAGGAACUCAAUUACUUUCUUAACCUGUACUGGUCGUCGAACUACAGAAUAAUACACACUUUGAAGUUCAAAAUGAGACAGGGCGAUAAGAUCAAUGGCAUCUUCACUAGGGGAACUUCACAGCACGAAAGGUUGCUUAAUACAUUAAAGAACCUUGAACCAAAAUGUUUUCUGAAGAGCAGCGAUUCUGCCAGGAUACUGCGACCCAGAGCUAGAUUUAUUCAGCCGAAAUAUUAUUUAGAAAUCAAAUGUUCUCAUCGCCAUUGUUCGUUAGCCCAAAAGGUUGUUUACUUCGAGGGACAAGAGGAUGACGGUAUAGCAACACUUUACCUGCUGCAGAAGCAUGCCAGUGCAAAACCACAUCCUUUUUGGCCACUGAAAAAUAAAAAUGCAAUGCGAAACAAGUCGAGACGGAAACUAGAAAAGAACGCAGCAAAGGUUUGCGAGGAACCUGCUUCAAAUGCAGAUUCGCUUUCAAAAAAGAUGAUUGAGAAGCGAAAAACAGGCAUUUUCAGUUGGCUAAAGGCACCCGUCAAUCGACGACCCAAAAGGUCCUCUAUGUUAUUUGAGAAGCAAAAAUUGACCAAGAACACCACGGGAGAAAAAUCUGCAUCACCCGUUAUGUUGAGAAGCUAUCAAAGAAAGCGAAUAAUUUCAGGUGGACCUCCACCCGUAGCUGACCAAUGAUGAAUUGGGUCGCCUGCCUAAGACCACCACUGCCC